CUGAAAGAUGCACAGGUGACUUCGCUGCAGCUAUGCCAGUUUUAAGCCGCUGGGACCGGAAGUCUGUGUCUCAACUGGUGCAACAUUAUCAAAGCUGUUCUGACUUGAGAAGCAUUGGAAAAUACAACGAAACACAGGGGGAGGACCUUGUGGACGGCAGAUGGAGGGGGGGCAUUGUUGUCAGCUCCAGAGUGAGCUUGUCCCGGAGCCGGUCUAUGGACGUCCUGCCUCAGAGGGGAGUAUUCAGCACAAGAGCUCUGUGUGCGCUGUUUGAGUCAAAGAGCAUGAUGCACAGUGGCUCCAGCAUGCAGCACCUGACGACACCACCAGAGGGAGCUCUACAAGACUGGGGAAAAAACAAAAAGAACCAAUUUUAUCAAAGAGAUUUGACCAAAGGAACAGCUAUGAGUGAGUCCAGAUUCUUAAAGGAUGAUAAUAAUAGUGGAACAGUGAAUAAGGGGACACCAAUCCAAGGCAGAAACCAAAUACCCACUUCCUCUUCUGUGAGAGACCGCUCCGCUCUGUAUCUGUCCCGCUCAGCUGACAGCCCAGGAGGGUCAGAGCAGCCCGAAUCUACUGGUACUGCACAAGGAAAAAAGCCCAGAGUCAAAAAGAUGGAUGCUGUAGACGGGACCGUUAAUGUUUCACACACAGCAUGUGAUGACGAUGACCUUCCCCCUCCUCCUCCACCGCCUGUCCCUCCCAGGCCCCUCGACUAUGAUGGGGCUUCUUCUGGAAGCCCCCUCCCUCCUCCCCCGCCAAAAGAAACAUUCUCCACGUAUUACCAACAGCGACAGAAAAGUGAGCUAAAGAGACUGUUCAAGCACAUCCACCCUGACCUCAGAGCCAGCCUGGAUGACGUAGCUGAAGAAGACCUCAUGAGGGCUGUUCAGACAGAAACCUCUCAGACCGGAGAGGGCUCAUACCAGGCCGAGGUCCAGUCAAUGAGGUGGAUCUUUGAGAACUGGACACUGGAUAACAUUGGGGAUCCUCACGGAACCAAGAAGCUGCUCGAUGAGGAGGAUUUAACGGGGGGAGAUGUCAGAGGCACCACAUCUAAGUUUGAGCACACUAACUUGAGCCAGCCAUGCACUCAAAGACAAGCCUCAGUUUGCGGUGAUGUGCGGACAUCAGCGUGGCUUUUUGAAACACAGCCUCUGUCUACUCUCAGUAAAUCUGCAGAAGGUAGUGAGUUGGUUGAGGCAGUGCUUAAGGAGCCCAUUCAGGCCGGUGAUGUGAAAGGCAAUCGAUUCCUGUUUGAAUCUACACCGCUCGGCGACUUAGGACGCUGCAACUCAGUAGAAGACCACAACUUUCUAAAACUGAAAUCUGAGCUACAGGAACAAAAAGGAGAUGUCCAGAAGACUGUGAAAUUGUUCCAGGCCGAUCCCAACUGUGCCAUAAAAGACAAGAGCGGCAAUAUCCACAGAAUCAAGUCUAUCUGCAGAGAAGAGAUCAACAGCAGCGACAUUAGCACUGCACGCUGGCUAUUUGAGACACAACCCUUAGAUCUGAUCAAUAAAGAAACUGACAAAGUCAAAAUUAUCCGGGGGAUUUCACUGGAAGAAGGUCAAAUAGGAGGAGUCGGUAAAAAGAGGUGGAUGUUUGAGACACAGGCCAUUGAUACAAUACAUGAGAUGAUGGGAGGAGACAAGUUAAAGGGGAUGGUGGUUGAAUGUGAAACAGACGCUGAUGUUAUUAAUAAAACCAAACUCUUUGAGACAAAUCCCUUGUCAGCACUAAAGGGAGAUUCUGCAGAGAAAAUUCUGGAAAAAGAUGAAAUUAUUGGUGGAGAUGUAAAGUCAUCUCUGUGGCUCUUUGAGACUCAGCCCAUGGAGACUCUGCAUGACAAUUAUGAAAUCGGACGAUUGCAGAAAAUCACACUUUCAGCUGAAGAACAAGGAGAAGUUAAGGGCAAGACACAUAUUUUUGAGAGUGGCAGAACCCAAACUAAUGUCAUGACCAAAGAACAGGAGAUUGAGAAAGGAGAUGUGAAAACAUUCAAACAUUUAUUUGAAACAAUCCCCCUCAGUAAGAUAGCCCGUUCAGAGGAACAUGUUGAAAAUAAGGAAAGAAAGAUUGAACCAGGAAAUGUCCAAGAAAAUAAAGAGUUAUUUGAAAGAAGUAAUCUGUAUGCCAUAAAAGACAGCUCUGGAAAUUUGCACAAGGUUACUGCUAUCAGUCGAGAGGAAUCCAUUAAAGGACAAGUCCAAAAUUAUAAGUGGCUGUUUGAGACCAAGCCUUUGGAUGAGCAGGCAGGAAAUAAGGGAAACGUUGAAGUCAUUAAAGGCAUCACUAGACAGGAAGAUACAAUGGGUGAUGUCAAGACAGCAAAAUGGCUUUUUGAGACACAAACCAUUGAUGGGAUCCAUAUGAAGUUCAACCAGCCAAGUGCAUCAGCAGAAGAGGAGCAGCGUAAAGGUGAUGUCAGAACCUGUAAGUGGUUAUUCGAAACUCAUCCCAUGGACCUACUAUAUGACAAAAGUGAAACGGCGACAGAAAAAGAAGCCAUUGAUGGCACUGAUGUCAAAUCCAUUACCUGGAUGUUUGAAUCACAGCCACUUGACAGCAUCAAGGAUGGUGAGCAGUAUAACCUGAAGCUUUGUAGUACAAUUCAGGACACUGUGAAACCUGAAAUUGGUGUUCAAACUGUGAAACAUCUUUUUGAAACAGAAACAUUAGACAAAAUACAAAAAGAUGCAGGUUCAGAAGAGUUACAUUGCGUUAGCCAGGUUGACCUUCAGUCGGGAGACGUUUCAAGAGUCAAAGAACUGUUUGAAUCCCAGUCGCUUGAUGAAAUUGGGCUAGAAAUGACAUCAUUAGACUCUCAAAACCAUGAUGAAUCCAUUGAGAAAGGGUCUGUGCAUAAAGUCACCUGGCUAUUUGACAACUGUCCAUUGAACAAGAUCAACAAGGACAAUAAAGAGGAGGUCGUCCAGAAAGUUGGUGAUGCUGAAUUUGGAGACGUCAAACACAAGAAGUUUAUAUUUGAAACCUCAUCACUGGACAAGAUUCAUGAAAAAGAACUAGAACAGAGGUCUGAGGUUGUGGAGAAGCCAACCAGCAGCAUCGAUGUCAAGACGAGUACCAUGAUGUUUGAGUCCACUCCCUUGUAUGCCAUCAGAGACAAAGAGGGGCAAUUUCAUGAGGUUACAACAGUGAAAAAGGAAGAAGUUCUGAGUGGAGAUGUAAGAGGUGCACGGUGGAUGUUUGAGACAAAGCCACUUGAUACUAUAAAAGCUGAAAAUGAGGUCUACGUCAUCCGUGCUGUCACCCAAGAAGAUGUUGAGAAAGGGGAUGUAAAAUCUGCCAGGUGGAAGUUUGAAACACAACCUCUGGACACGCUUACUGAGAAAGACACACCCGCUGUUAAAGACUUUGAAGAGCUUGGUUGCGGCAAUGUGAAGCAGAAUAAACAGAUAUUUGAAUCCGAUCAAGCCUCCAAGAAGGUAAAACGAAUGGUAAGUGUCACAGAUGUCCAGCGAGGAGACGUAAGAACCUCAACUUGGCUUUUUGAAAACCAGUCUAUUGAUAGUCUCAAGGGAGAGUCUGAGGAGCAAAGCCAAAUACAAACAGUUCACAGAGAAGACAGUCAGAAAGGAGAUGUCAAACGCUGCACUUGGUUGUUUGAGUCCCAGCCUCUGGACAAGAUAAAAAAGCAAGAAAGUUCUUCAGCAGGAAGUGUUGUGGCAGAAAUACCCAAGUCUGAUGUUAAAUGCACUACAUGGCUCUUUGAAACAACACCACUGGACAAAAUAACGGCUACUAAUGUUGUAGAUACUCUGUCCUACCUGCAUGAUCUUAACUUUGUCCAUUCAAGUGGCAUCAUCAUUGAAGGAAAAGACAGUGAAACUGUCAAUAUGGCCAAGUAUUGCACUGAAAGCAACAGAAAUGUUCAAAUCCACAAAGAUGAGGAAGUUGGAGGUAAUAUUAGAAACAUAAUGAUACAAUUGCUUCACAAACCAACGCUAAAGCCUCAGAUUACCCUAUUAAGAGAGGUGGAGAAAGGAGAUGUGAAGACUACAGUGGUUGAAAUUCCUGUCUACCAGUCCGGUUCAAUUGACUUUGAGAAAGAUCAGAGAAUACAAAAUAUUGUCCAGAGGAUUGACGAACUCCUUGGCCAAGACAAGACUUUUAAAAGAGGGCUUAUAAUGCAAGAGUCUGCAGAAGGACAAGCAGAGAUGUCUGUUUAUUCGCUCCUAAAUCAUUGUGAAACUAAAACAGAUGUCAAGAUUGAAAAGGGCGAUGUCAAGUCCACUAUUGGAAAUCUCCUAGCCACAGCCAAUGAGAACAGAACAACAACAACAUACAGAGUCGACAAGAAUGAAAAGGGAAAUGUGAAUUUAUACAAAAGAUGCAUUGAAGAAGGAGACCUAAAGAGUCUUCAUGCAGAGGAUUUAGAAGAUGAAGUUGACAAUUGUCACAUGUCACAAGAACAAAUUGAAAUUGUACAGGGUGAUGUGAAGGAAGCAAAGAGAAAUCUAUGUCAGCAAAAAGAACAAGUAGAGCGAACUGUUUCAGAUGUCUUACCUGGAGAUGUAAAGAACACCAAAAAGGUGUUUUCAUCCGAAGCCAGCUUAAAUGUUGAAACCUUUAUCCCAAAGGAUGACAUAAUUCCUGGAGAUGUCCUGAUGGCAAAGCAACAACUUGCCAUAAAACAGCAAAGUUCUGUAGAGAAAGAGGAAAUUGUCAGUGGUGACAUUAAAGCAGCAAUGCAGUCUUUAGAACGAGCGAAGCAGCAGAGUAUGACCAUUGAGCGAGAGCUGAUCAAACCUGGGACUAUCUAUGAUAUGGACUUGUCAGGCCCAGAUCUUGAGUCAGAAACCAAACAGAUUCAAAAAGAAGUCAUUGUUUCUGGGGAUGUUAAAGCCGCUAAAAAGUCACUUGAAAUGGCAAAGCAGCAAAGUAUGCAAAUUGAAAGAGAAGUUGUUCUUCCAGGCAAGAUAUACAAUCUGAACGUAUCAACUCAAGAAGAAACUUCUACAAUGAUGUCAUCAGCUUCCUCGUCAAGGUGUCAACAAGUCAAGACUUACCCUAAGUAACCCAUGAAGAGGCUUCAACCACUGCACCAUCCAUCUCGGUAGACAAAGGGAACUUUCAGUCGCCCUGCUGCACAAACACUGCUUCAACACUUGCAACUUCAUCUGAAAAACCACAACAUGAGAAGCCGACAUUGCCACCAAAACCCCAAUGGACAAAAUAUGUUUUGGUGGAAGAAGAAAAGACUUCCUCUGAUGCAAACUGUUCAGCAACAAAUAAUGUAAAGAAUGCUGGCACUUUUCCAAGUCCAAUAUACUGCCAGAGCAAAGCUGCACCAGUAAUGGAUGAAAUAAUAAAUACCAAAGAAAUAACAGUUAGUUCACCACAACUUUCAGAUGAAUCCUCAGAAUACCAAAGCAAUAUAGUUGAAAUGGAAAGAAAUGUCACACAGAAAAUAAAUGCUGCAGAAGAAAUCCAAAUGUGCAUGAAGAAAUCUGCAGAAGAAGGCAACCAUGAGACCAACCUCAGUGUGAAAGCAGCUUUACAAAACUUUGAAAGAAAAGACACCAAAAGAGGUCCAGUAUUGUGUAAAAAGGUGAAAGUAACUGAUCCCAAAGAUACAGACAGUUUUCCUCUACCAAAGUCUCCACCAAGUCUUGAAACCCAUACAAUGAGUACUUCUACACCUGAGGUUGCCUGCAGUGUAAAACAAGAGCAACAGGAUAAUGUGGAAAAAGUUGUUUUGAGGGAGAAAAAGGUUAGGGAGACCGAAGAGCAGAGACGGCAGAGAUUAUCUGUUCAUAUGGAUGAAAUUGUAAAAGGAAAUGUUCAAGUUGCAAUGGAAAUCUUUGACAAUUUACGUAAACGCGAUGAACUCCAAGGAGUCCUGGAUGAAGUGCAAGAGAUAGAAGGAGAUCGCAGAAGUAUGAAUGAUAAAUCACUUAAGAAACUAUACAAAAAUUAUCCUGCUUGGGCUGCUACAGAGACAAACGCAAAACAUGAAACAAUGGAAGAGAAGUUUGAUGCAGAUUCACUAGAUGAUGAUCUAGAAAGCAUAUCUUCAGUUGACACAGCAUAUGAAGAUCUGGAAAAGGCCAGCAAAGAAAUUCUACUUUUGAAGGAACAGACCAUUGCAAAGCUCCUUGACAUUGAAGAAACCAUUAAAAAAGCCCUGUACUCUGUGUCCAAUCUCAAAUCAGAGGCUGAUAUUGCAGGUCUGUCUGGUCUGUUUGAUGAAACAUUAAGGUCAGAACAACAUCUUCAUCCUACCAACAAUAUCAGGAAAAUCAGCAUUGGCUCUUGCAAAGCUAAACCAGGGCCUAUCAAGGCAAGUACAAGUGGUUUGAAUCCAGAAUUCCAACGCCAUGUCCAACCGAAGCAUUCCCUUUCCCAAUCAUCACCAUCCUUCAUAUCUAUCCAUUCAGCAGCAAGAAAACCGGCUGAACAGCAAAACCCCACAAUGACAACUUUCACACCGAAAUCCAACACCCAAAACCACUGUGGCCACAAAGAAAAUAUUGAGGCAUCAAGAAAUCCCCCCCAACGUAAAGUCAGUGUAUUGGAGGUUAAGACUGGACCAGGCCAACCACCAGCGGGGGUAAUUGGUAAAAAGACGGUCAGUGAAACUUAUGAGGAGACAGACGCUCUUGGAAAUGUGUUCAUGUCCUCCACCACUUCAACAUUUGUUCACAAACAGUCUGAUAGUCAGGCCUCCACUUUGUUCGAAGUAGUUCCUCCCAGACGUGAAAUUGUGACAUCCCCUUUAAUGCACAGACGCCAUUUUGAGGAUCAAGUGUUGAAGUCCAAGGGUGAAGGGAGUGUUUUUGUAACAUUUAGCCCAUCAAUGGACAAACAUUAGCAUUUUAUAUGAUUUUAUUAUUAUUCUAGUUGUCAUUUCUUAUUUUUUUUCUGUAUGAAUUUUAGAAUGUGUUUUGUAAAGUAAAUAAUCUUAGAUUUUUUUAUGAUGAAUAAAAGCAUGUAGUUUGUAUGUUGCUGAUCAAUGUUAAUUAAAGAAAUUAUUGAUUAUUA